AAUUCUCGCGGCUCCUAAUACGAUAUUUUCGUAUAUUUGUCUCGAUAUUUCAAUUCGAUCUUGCGAAAAUCGUUUCCUCUUUCUCUCUGUUGUCGGGAAGGGAAGAAAUGAAACGACGUACAUAAUUAUUUUCAUAGCAGAAGCAGAAGAUCGAAAACCCUAGACCUCACGCUUCGUCUUGUUCAAGAGUGGUUUAUUUUCUCGAGAGAGUUUUUCCCAGAAAAUGGAGGAAGUUGGAAACCUACCGAAAACCGGAACCCGUAGUGGUUCUGUUGCUCCGAAAUGUCAUAACGCAGACUCUAAGCCCCUUAAAGAAGCUUCAGGGACCUCUAUUUCUGACUCUUGUACUUUCCGUGAAAUUACUCAAGAAAAUGGAGUUAGGGUUUUUGUUAAUGGAAAGGAGGACGUUCCAGCUGGUGGAUAUUCGGAAGAUUCUGAGAUGAAUGGAGUGUCGUCUUUGUUGAAGAUGCGAGAAACUCAAGAAGAAGUUGGACGUGGUGGUGAAAGUGGUUGUGCUAUGGACAAGAUUGAUGAGCAUAAAGUAACUGGUGAUGGUUUGCCUGGAGAGGGCGGCGUUCCGAUUGUUGCUUCUGGGGCACAAAUUGGUGUAGAAGAGAGCAAAGAUUGUGGUGAAAGAGAGGAGUGUGAUGAUUAUUUCAAUGCAAAAGAGAAUUUUGGGGAGAUGAGUGAGGGCGAUGAUGAAGAUGGAGAGGAAAUGAUUGACAACAGCGAUGAUGAUGAUGAUGGUGGUGGGUACAAAUUUAAAGUGGGUGAUUUUGUAUGGGGAAAAAUUAGAAGCCAUCCUUGGUGGCCUGGGCGGGUAUAUGAUCCAUCUGAGGCGUCGGAUUAUGCAUUGAAGAUGAAACGGAGGAACAAGAUUUUGGUGGCGUACUUUGGAGAUGGCACAUUUGCAUGGUGUAAGCCCUCUCAGUUGAAGCCCUUUGAUGAGGGAUUUGAGAAGAUAUCAAGGCAUAGUAGCUCUAGGAACUUUAUUCAUGCUGUGGAGGCAGCACUGGAUGAAAUUGGCCAGCUUGUGGAGUUGAAGCUUGCUUCUUUUAUGAAAGAAGGGUAUUCAGGGGCCCUUGAUAGACCGUUGGCAGUGACUUCUGGAAUCAAAGAAGGAGUUUUUGUGCCUGAAGGUGGCAUUGAGAAGUUUAUAACUGAUUUUCUUGAACCAGCAGAAUUUCUUACACACUUGAAAUUAAUUGCACGGAUUGGUGAUGCGAAAAGUAUGCUUGAGUUCACUGUCUUUAAAAGUUGGGUCUCUGCUUUUUAUGGUGAUAAAGGGUUUUGCCAAUGUCCAGUUUUUCGUGAACCGCAGCUAAUUUCUGGCCUUGAAGAUAAGACGAAGAAUUCAGAAGUCGACAUGAUUAAUGACAGGGGAUUGCAAGUGCGCAUCCCUGGGCCUGUCGAAGAAGACUGGCUUGCCUUGUCUGGAGGCCCUAGAUUUGGUCAAAUCAACCAAUCCUUGUUGCAAAAGUGCUCAGGGGUUACAGAGGGUCGGCUUUAUCAUAAAAGGAAGCAGAAAAGUAUAGCUGAAAUCAUAGGCAUGAAUGUCGAGGCUGAAGAUGAAGUAAGAGAAUUGACAAAAGUGAAAACAGACUCCGACAAACCGGCAUCAACAUCCAAGAUGAAUAAGAGGAAAGACACCGAUGGGGUUGAUGGUGAUGAUGCCAAUAAUUCAGCUUCUGUGCGAAGGAGGAAGAGGAAAGCUAGAAGGCUUUCAGAAUCUCUUUUAGCUACAGAGAGCAAAGUGUCUAACGUUGAUCAUGAUGGUAGUGUAAGCAAUGAGGGAACUGGAAAUCCUUCUUUGUCGACUGGAAGGAAGAAGAAAUCCAGAUCUAAAAAUGACGGUGGUGGGAGUAAAGAAGAAACUGAUGCCAAUCAAAUCUCUACAAGUGGUUAUUUAGGUGUUGGAAAUGAUCAUGCCAGGGCCAAGGAAGAAAUUGAGAUGGCAUCUUCACCAAGGGAAAGAAAGAAGAGCAAAUAUCUAUCCUUUCCUUACACAAAUCUUAAUCAGGGGCAAAGAAAGAAAGGCAAAGAAGCAGAUUCCUUGAAAGCCUCGGAAGAGGAACGAGUGGGUGAACAAAUGAAUAGAGCGGCUAGCCAUCUUAUCGGGUUCUCCCCCAUUAUGAAGUGUACUGGUGAUAAUCAGGGAAAACUGUUAAAAGACAGUGAUGUUACAAGUCCUCAGUCAUCGAAUCAUGAUCAGUGCAAUGUUAUUGAUCCAAGGAGUUUGAACAUAUCUGCUAGCGAAGUUCUAUCCGGAAUCCAAACCGUUGCUCUUUGUCUUCAAUAUCUAAAGGAAAAUAACUCUCAAGACUUGGACAUGGUUUACCAAUUCUUUUAUGCGUUCAGAAGCUCAGUUUAUCAUGAUGGAUUCAACCACCAUGAUUACAACAAUCUUCAACUAGGUAUGAAGAGAACAGCUCAAGACAGUGGGCCUGAUAUAUCUGAAAAAUACCUAAAUGCAAAUUAUCUAUGUUCCUCUGAAAAUGAAUCCCAGCAUAAGAAGAUCAAAAGGAUUGAAGACGCAAAAUCUAAGCCUAGGAACAAAACAGCAGCCGGCUUAGCAGAUGUUGAGAGGAAUGAGAAGGAAAGUGAUGUGAAAGCUUCCAGUGUUGUUCUGUUUGUAACAUUUGGCCAAGGAUCCUCAUUACCAUCAAAAAAUGACCUUAUUAGGAUAUAUAGCAACUUUGGGGCCCUGAAUAAAGAGUUAACUGAUGUGAUGCGUGAUGAUUUUUGCUGUCGGGUUGUCUUUGUGAACGCCUCUGAUGCUGAAACCGCCCUCAAAAGUUCUCAGUUGGUCAGUCCCUUUGGAGCUGACACAAGCACAUUCCAGCUAUGCUAUCUCUUGCCUGAUGUGGAUGAGGAAGGUGCUCAUGAAGCAGAGUUGAAUACAAAAGAGAAGGAUUCUGAUGGGGACAAACAAUCUUCCAAUUUAGCAGAUACGAGAACUGGUGAGAAACCCUGUGUGGAGGAUUCAGGGGCUGCCCUUUUUGUGACAUUUGGCCCUGGGUCUUCUAUACCUUCCAAGAAUGAUCUUAUCAACAUAUAUAGCGAGUAUGGGGUUCUGAGUGAAAAUGAAACGGAUAUGUUUUACCAGAAUUUCUGUGCCAGGAUUGUUUUUGUGAGGACCUCAGAUGGAGAAGCAGCAUUCAAUAGUUCUCAAUUGAUCAGUCCUUUUAGAUCUUCAAGGGUCACUUUCCGGCUUCGCUAUCUCUCUUCGGCAUCUAGGGCCAAGGAACUCAUGGAGAUACCAAGUCCAAAAAUUUCUCCUCCACCCAAAAAGGGGGUCAAGACCCAGGACAAGCCAGCAGCUCCACAGUCAUCAGUUAAGGAGGGGUCGCGGUUGAAUUAUAUCAGGCAGAAACUUCAGUUGAUGACCUCAAUACUGGAGAAGUCAGAUGAAAGAUCAUAUCAGGAGACCAAAUCCAGAUUGGAGGGUGAGAUUAAAGGCCUCGUGGAGAAGGUGAGCACAAUGGAGGGGUCUUCAUCAUCAUAGCUUGGGCAUUUGAAAUUCUAAUAUCAGGGCUUUUGGAUCAUUUUACAGAGUCAAUUUAGUUUUCCCUAUUAUAAAUAUCCAUCCUUGUGCAGUCGAAGAAAUGAUUUGUUGGACUUGAGUUGAGUUAGGGUAUGUGAUUAUUUAGGUGUUUCUGUCAUAUGAAUAGGUUAGUUUUGUCUUGCAGCUUCUAUAUCAAGUUGCAUAUGCUUAUCCCUCAGAGAUAAAUUAUACUCUUCCUGGACUAGUGAGUUACAUAUAUGAACGAAUUACAAUGGUUUCAUAGGGGUUGAAGAAAAGGAAUUACAAUGGUUUCUUACAUGGUUUGAGGGUGCAAUGUAAGUAAAUUGAUCGAGCUUAAA